AUGAUGAUAGGCCUCGGUAGUGCCAGGCGGCUUUACAAUCCCCGCAGCUCUCGACUUCUCUCGAGCUGCCUCACCAGGGUACCCAGAGAACAAAUUCCAUCAGUAGCUUCCUGCAAAGUACGGAAAAUCUCACUCGGUCACGGUCCACAAGAUCCGCAACUCCUGCCCCACACGAUCCCAGAGCACUUCGCCUCAAUCGUGUCCCAAUAUGGCGACAGGCCCGCCGUGAUAGCCCGCACAGCCACAACCUCGCGGGACAUCGGCGCCGCGGUGCCCCCUGCCCGCGAGACGGCUCUGACCUACGAGGACCUUGACCUCCUGUCCAACCGCCUCGCCUCCAGCCUGCGAUCCCUCGGCGUGAAGAAGGGCGACCGCGUGGCCGUGAGCCUCGGCAACUGCGCCGAGUUCGCCGCCCUCACCUACGCCGUCUUCAAGCUCGGCGCCAUCCUCGUGCCCCUCAACCCGGGGUUCAACGUGAAGCAGGUGUCUGCGGCCCUGUGCCAUCUGGGUGUCGAGCUGCUCAUCAUCGGCGCCGUGACCGACCUCGCCUAUAAGCCGUGUCGUGGUAGGAGCAAUGAGCAGCUUCUACGGACGCUCGUGCCGGAUCUCGAGGCGAGCCAGGCGGCGUCGCCUUUGGUACCCACGCUUAAGAGGAUAGUCACCUUGGACAAUCUUGCAGCGCACCCCACCACCGCGUUUCCUCUGGACAAGUACCGCGCUCUUACGCCGUUCUCGCUCUUGCUCGAGGGGUCGACAAGUGCCGUGGUGCCAGAUGCGCCCCUAUCUCCCUCAGAUACCAUUAAUAUCCAGUUCACUUCCGGCACAACCUCGACUCCCAAGGCUGCCAUGCUCACACACACGUCCAUCCUAAACAACGGCGCUCUCAUCGCCUCGCGCAUGGACCUCGACCCUUCUGAUCGAAUGGUCGUUCCUCCCCCCUUGUUCCACUGCUUCGGCUCUGUUCUGGGCUACAUGGCGACGGCUACCACCGGCGCCGCCAUCCUCUUCCCUUCUCCGGCUUUCGACCCAGAAGCUACUCUCCGCAUGGUUGCCGCCCACGACGCGACCGGUCUCUACGGAGUGGCCACCAUGUUCCUCUCCGUGCUAGAAGCUCUCGACGACGGCAUCGUUCCUCACGAGACCAUGCCCAAGGGUCUACGCAAGGGCAUCGCAGCCGGAAGCUCGGUACCCGAGUCCCUCAUGCGCAGGUUAUACGAGAAGCUCGGCCUGCAGGAUCUCGUCAUCUGCUACGGCAUGACCGAGACCAGCCCCGUCAGCUGCAUGACCACGCCCCACGACCCCUUCGAGAAGCGGACCUCUUCAGUCGGCAAGGUCAUGCCGCACACCGUCGCCAAGAUCGUCGACCCCGACGACCGCUCGCGCAUCGUCCCCAUCGGCGAGAAGGGCGAAUUCGCCACGGCGGGCUACCUCGUCAUGAAGGGCUACUGGGGCGACGAGAAGCAGACGAACGAGGUCAUGAUCACCGAGGAGGACGGCCGCACGUGGAUGUACUCCGGCGACGAGGCCUGCAUGGACGAGAAUGGCUACGUGGAGAUUACUGGAAGAAUCAAGGACUUGAUCAUCCGCGGCGGAGAGAACAUUCACCCGCUCGAGGUCGAGAACUGCCUCUUCCAGCACCCGCUCGUCGGGGAGGUCUCCGUCGUCGGCGUGCCCGAUGAAAAGUACGGCGAGAGCGUCGGUGCUUUCAUCAUCCCCGUCCACGGCGUCAAAGCCAGUGACAGUCCCUCCGACGAUCCCAAGGUCUUGACGGCUGACUCGGUGAGGGCCUGGGUGCGAGAGCACCUGUCCAAUCACUUGGUACCUACGCACAUCUUUUGGGUUGACGACUACCCCAAGACGGCUAGCGGAAAGAUUCAGAAGUUUAAGUUGCGCGAUAUGGCGAAGGAGUUUCUCUCGGGUGGGAAAUAG